CGUACAGGUCCCUUUUUUUUUUUUAGCUUAUCGUUAAACGAAUUAUACCUACUGAGUAGAAACAGUAUCUCGUUAUCUCGAGUAUCAUGUGAUCAAUGACACCAGGCUAUCGAGUGUUCAGUGUGAGAAUGGUGUAAGAGCUAGGAGCUGGUUACAGUGCUUUGAUAUUUCUUUAGAUCCAUUAUUAAUCUACAAAAACAGGAAUAUAAAUUCAUCAUUCACAAUAAGGGCGUGGCUACUCGGGAUCUGCGAACCUAUAGGAAUUAUCUUUUUUUUUUUCUACUCAAAUCCAUCUUUACAAAUUCCCCAAGCUGUCUAGAUUCAGCUGAGUUGUCAGAUAUUGACAUUACGUUUGAAACAUAUUUUACAACUGAGAGCCGAUAUCAAAAGCCUCCGCCGAGCUUUCAGACACUGCAGUAAUCUACUUAGUUUUGUUCUCAAGUCAAAUAUGGACAUACAUCGUGCCGUAAAGAGUUAUCGGUCCGAUCCCACCCAUAGACGUAAAAAUGCUUUUGCGGUCAUUUCUCAAAUUAAAUUGCAGACGAUGUCGAACUCCAAGAGAAGACUAUGGAGGAGAAGACCCGGGUCAAACAGACUGAGCUUCAUGUCCAACUCAUCAGUAGACACCAAAACCCUUGUUGAUGUGGAAGAAGAAUUUCUCCAUGCUGCAGAGUUUGGUGAUAUUCCGUCCGUCAAAAGGAUACUAGACCAGACUCCGGAAAUGAACGUGGACUGUAUUGAUGCUCUGGGGAGAACAGCCCUCCGCCUAGCUGUGAAGAAUGAACACUUGGAGGUGGUAGAGGUACUUUUGGACCGGUCCAGUGGCCGCCAUAUCUAUGAGGCCGUUCUCCAGGCUAUUAGUGCCAGUCAUAUCCAGAUUGCAGAGACCAUUUUAAAACAUCGCAGAUAUCUGGAAAUGUGGAAAGAAAGAAAGAAACUGGGAGAUGAUGACCAUUUUUUCAAAACUAGUUUCGAAGAAUCCCAGUUCUCGCCCGACAUCACGCCCUUGAUUUUGGCGGCCCAGAAGAAUCAAUACGAGAUCGUGCAGUUAUUGCUCCUGAGAGGGGAGAUAAUUCAAAAACCACACAAAUUUCGGUGUGCAUGUCAAGAGUGUACGAACAAAAUGAAAUUCGACAUGCUACGUUCUGCUAAAUAUCGUCUGAAUGCGUACAGGGGCCUCGGCAGUGAAGCCUACAUCUCGCUGUCAAGCAAAGAUCCCAUUUUGACGGCUUUUGAACUCGGUGCCGAGUUGAAAAAUUUGUCCAAAGUCGAAAAAUAUUUCAAGAAAGAGUACAAAGAUUUGGCGGAACAGUUGAGUGAAUAUACUGUAAAGUUGCUGGACCGUGUUCGAACCCAACCGGAACUGGAAAUUAUUUUAAAUAAGGCGGGGAAACCAAGGUUUAAUCAAUACGAGAGUUUAGCGAGAUUUAAACUUGCACUUUUCUACAAGGAGAAAAAGUUCGUGGCUCACCCUAGUUGCCAGCAGAAAUUGAUGAAGUCCUGGUACUACGGAAUGGGGUCCUUGGAGCGGGCUAGCUGGCCAAAGAGAAUCCUGAUGUUUAUCAUCUUCCUGUUGUCAUACCCCUUCCUUGUCCUCCUGUACCUGAUUGUCCCCAAGUGGAAGAUGAUACAAAUCCUGAAGUAUCCUUGUAUUAAGUUCGUCUGCCACAUGUUGUCUUUCAUCUCCUUCCUCGUUUUGAUCAUCAUCUCCACGGCAGAAUCUACCAACACCACUUCCAGUGCCAACUCCCUGAAGAAUCAACAUGAGAGGCUCCACCUGAUUUACGACUCCUUACGCUCAUCCACCAACAGGACUUUCAUGGGAGACGAUUUUCCCAUGCGGCCUCUUUUCCCCUCCAUUACAGAGUUUUUGAUAUCUAUAUGGGUGUUUGGAUUUGCCUGCCAGGAGUGUAACCAAAUUUAUCUUCUUGGACUAGAGAGUUACAUAGAGUCUUGGUACAAUUUGAUGGAUUCUGCUCUCCUGUGUUUGUAUUUUGCUUCCUUUACACUGCGCUACAUGGUGAUGAUCAAGGGUCAACUUGCUUUGGAAUACCUACUGAAUGGAAAUAUAACAGAUUCCGCCCAGAGUUUGUUUUUGGAGUGGCAGUUGUAUUGGUUAAAUGCAGACAGGUUCUAUUGGCAGCCGUUUGACCCAAUCAAUGCCGCGGAAGCCUUAUUCGCAGUCGCCAACAUUCUUAGUUUUUCGAGGAUAUCUUAUCUUCUGCCUGCUAACGAAGCACUGGGCCCACUUCAGAUCACAUUAGGUCGUAUGGUUACGGAUAUUUUGAAGUUCAUGUUGCUGUUUAUGGUGGUGAUCGGGUCCUUUAUGGUGGGCCUACACAAUCUUUAUUGGUAUUAUAGUGUCCAUGAAGACAUUGAGAUCACAGAUCAUGACUUUGAAUUCAAAGCUGAAAAGUAUUUCGGAACUGUACUGGUCACCUUCCGGACCGUGUUUUGGUCCAUUUUCGGCCGAGGUGAUACCGAUGUAUUGUCUCUAGGAGAAUACAGGAACAAUUUUACAGAGGACAUUGGUUACAUCAUCUACGGUGUUUUCAACAUCGUGACUGUCACUGUUCUUAUCAACAUGUUCAUUGCUGUCAUGACCAGAUCCUUCCAAAAUAUUGCGGAAGAUGCUGAUUGUGAAUGGAAGUUUUCCAGGAGUUUAUUGUACAUGGACUACAUUGGUGAAGGCUGCACACUUCCUGUACCUUUAAACAUUUUGGGUGGACCGCGUGCACUUAUUAACAAGAUCACUAAAAUAUGUUGCCGCUGUAAGAGCGCUGAUGGAAUCGAGGAACCGGAUGACAAUGUCUCAGCUUCUAAAGUAGAUCCAGGACACUCCAAAUCAAAUGGAACUCCGCCAGCGGAUAUGGCAGCCAUAGAGAUCUAUGAGUCAACCUUGCGCCCUGAGGAUAUGGACAUGAGGAGAAGAAGUCAAAGUAUCAUUCAAGAGACCCUGGAUUAUAAGAAAGUGAUACAGACAAUCAUUCAGCGCUAUAUAUUUGACAUACAGAGAGAAGCGGAAGUUACAGAGGAUGAUUUCGAAGAAAUUAAACAAGAUAUAUCAAGCUUUCGAUAUGAAAUGUUAAAUGCCAUAAAAGCGAAUGAACUUCAAGUCAACGAAAUGACCUCGUCUGUAUCGUCCAUUCUGGAUUAUGUGAAGUCUCUUGCACAUGAACACACACUUGAAACAGAAGAUGAAUACCCGAAGGAGAAUGACGAGGAGGAUACAAAGGAGGAGAGCCCCCAAAACUUUGAUAACGCGAUCCCGGACACCAAUCCCACCUUGAUGUAAUGGAUGACUUCCCUUGUGUACACGUAUUUUCUAUGCUGUGUGACUGUGAGGUGUUUUGAUACGUGUUUGUGCACUGCUUGGUCCUUCGAGAGCAUGAAUCUGGCUCGCCACGUACCAAUGUUUUAUUUUUGAAAAAUAAAAAUAAAAUGGGUAACAUUUGAAUGUAGGUGCAUCAUGAAACAUUUUAUCAUCUAGUAUCUCUAUCAAUUAACUGUCAGAAACAUGAGAACCUGAUAGUAUUAUGAUACAUCAAAUGAAAAGGAACCUGAUUUUUUUUUUCAUCCAGGAUCUGUUGUGUUGUUUUCAGAAAAUAUCCACCAAAAUGUGUUGUUCACCUUAAUCAGAAUAUUGCAAGCGCAAAUUGAUCUGUUUGCGAAAUGAGAAGAAUUUAAAGUGCAAGAAUUUCUUCUGAAUUACUCAUUUAUGUUGUUUUAUUCGGUGUUUUUGAUCAGGAAUAUUGUUUUGUGAUGUUUAAAAUGUUUGGGUUUUUUGUGAGGGUUCGAUUCAAUGUCGAAUGAAGAUAUAUGGUUAGUUAUCAAUAUUGUAUAUUGAAUACAUCUAUUUAAGAAUAUAUUCCUUGUCAGUAUAAGUUUUCUCGCUGUCCGAGACAGUGACAUUAUAUCAACGAAAAUAUUUGAAUGUACAGUUAUUUAUGCUUUUUCCCUGUUACAUUUUGUUAUUGUCAAAAUUUUAAUAAAAAAUUAAAUUAU